UAUAAAAAACUACUCUCUAAAAGCGUGGUUGUUGCAACUUGUGAAAAGUGGGACACUAGAGAAAUAAGUAGUGAUGGCAGUCUCUUACUUUUAGUCCCCUUUUGAAGGCGAUUCUUUGGGGAAGAUGAUGCCCCUCAAAUGGAGUAUCAUCCUGUUCCUGGGUGGAAUAACAUUUCUCGGAUUGCCAACAACAGCGGAGUCCGAUGACCCUUCCAAAGAUACCAAGUCAUCAUCUGCUUCCGAAUGCCGUGUUCACAUAGAAAAAGCAUUAGAACAAUAUUGGGACCAACCAGAACCAUCUGAUCCAAAUAAUCCUCACAUAGACCAAAAUAAUAACAUACAACAACAAAAAAACGACGAUGAUGCUCCUGAAAUACAAGAACAAAACGAAAACAGCGAUGAGGAUGAGGAGGAUGAAGACGUACCUGACAAUGAUGAUGAAGAAGAGGAACAAGAUUCUUUGGAAACAGAAACUCAAAACAAUAGCAGUAAAGAUAGUUCAUCAAAUGAAGAAACAAAUAAUGUAGAAGAGGAAGAUGAAGAAGAUGAGGAGGAUGACGAAACAAGCGAAGUAGAUGAGGAUACAGAAGAUGAAGAAAGUAAUGAGAAUGAGGUAGAAGAAAAUAAAGCGGACGAUGAACAAAUUGAUGAAAAUGAUGAGGAAGAUGAGGAAGAGGAGGAAGAAGAUGAUCAGGAAGACGAAAUCAGUGAAAAAGAAAGUGUUUCUAACUUAAGUGAUUCAAAAAAUGUAAGUAAUAAUAUUGACAACAUAGAGGAAGAGGACGACGAUGAUGAUGAUGAUGAAGAAGACGAAAAUGAACAUGACCUCGAAAGAAAGGAAGAGACUCAAGAGGAAAACGAAAAAGUUGAAAUCAGUGAAGAGUCAGAAACAAAUGAAAUAGUAGAUAACACGGAAAUCGAAGAGGAAGAAGAGGAUGAUGAUGGUGAUGACGAUGAAGAGCCCGAUGAGGAAGUUGAAGAUUCCCAAAGUGAUGAAAUAAAAAUUGAGAUAAAAAUAGAAAGUGAUAAGGUUAUAGGAGAGGCCGAUCGUGCUUCAACUGGAAUGGCAUCGGAAUUUCAUGAUGAAAAACCACCCCUUGAGCAACCCCAAGCCACGAAAACUGAAGAAAAAAAUGUCAACGCAUCACUUCUAAAAGAUGACGAAGAAUCCCAAGAUUUUGAUGCAGAAGACUCAGAACUUGAAAUAAACGAUGAAAACGACGACACGAUCGAGAAUAUUUACGAGGAAGAGGAUGAAUCAACCUCUGGGAUCACAUACAGGAGUAGAGACCACAUUGAUGUGAUAUUGGGUUUUGAUGAGAUUGCAACCGAAUACGAUAAUGAAGAAGAAAAGCUCGCCCAAAGUAUCUUCAAGGAAAUCAAAAAGAUAUACCUCUCACAAAUCAAACCAAUAGAAAUGCUGUACAAGUACGCAGACAGUACAACGAGGGUUCUUGGAGAUGCGGAAAUCUUCAAUAAACCAAUGUUGAUAUUUCUUGGUCCAUGGAAUGGUGGAAAAACAACAAUUAUUAACUAUCUCUUAGGAACUGAAAGAACUCCAAAUGCACUCAAAACAGGGACAGGAAUAACUGAUACAGAUUUCACCUUGAUAACUUAUGGGGAGACACAUCGCAUUCGAAGUGGAACAGAACUUGCCGCUGAUUGGCGCUAUGCGGGUGUUCAGAGAUUCGGCCAAGACUUUCUCGACCAUUUCCGUGGAGUUGAAAUCAAACACACUUUACUUAAAAAGAUCACGAUUGUUGACACCCCUGGUAUUUUGGAAAAUAAGAAAACUGCCGAAAGAGGUUAUUCUUUAAGUGAUGCUUUUCAGUGGUUCAUCGAUAGAUCAGAUGCUAUCUAUGUUGUUCUUGAUCCGAGCAAAGUAGAUAUCGGAGCAGAAUUGGGAUCUGUUGUUGAUCAACUGAAAGGCAGAGAUGCUCGUUUUCUCCUCAACAAAGCAGACACUAUUCGACGCAGUGAUCUCAUGCGAGUAGUGGGUCAACUCUUCUGGAAUUUAUCCCCUUUGAUGAGCAGUACAGAAGCUCCUCUCAUUUACGCUGUCUCACUAACAACGAAGCCUUUUCAUCCAUCUGCACCAGCAAAAUUCCUUGCUGACCAAGAGAAAAAUUAUUUCUAUGACAUGAAAGAUACUUUGGAUAAACGCGUCGAGAAUAGAAUCUUGUAUGCUAGAAGACAUGCUGUCAGAGUAAGGAAUCAUGCCAAGAUGAUCGACUGCUAUUUAGCUACUUAUUACAGACAUAAAUCUAUAUUCAGCAAUAAAAGAAAUGUUGCAAAAUCUAUUAUUGAAAAUCCUCAUAAUUAUAAUCUCUUUGACGGUUUUGGAGGCAUGACUAAUGUUAGUCGCUACGACUUGCCAAAUCCAUCAGCUUAUAAAGAAUUUUUCAAAUUACAUCCUUUAUAUGAUUUCAAGCCUCUAGCCUCAACUUGCAGCUAUUUUCGUGGAUGCCCUAUGGAUAAAUUGGAUUUGGCUAUUUCCAAAGAUAUUCCGGAACUUUUGGCGAAGUAUAAAAAAACGAAACAGACUGAUUCUCUAAAACAUAACAGGUGAAUUAGCGGAACUAAAUUUAAAUGAGAUGAAAUUAAUCAAAGAAUGAUUUCACUGAGCUAAGUUGAACGGAACAAGUUUGUAAGCAUUUCUUUAGAAUCAAAUAAAUACCAUUUUUGUAUGAAAUGAAGUUCAUUGAAUGAAGUUUGAAAUGGAAACUAACAAAAUUAUAUAGGAUUAUUUUUGCUAUAAUGAAUUUAACAUGGUAUAACAGAUGAAUAAAUUUAGAACAGUAUCAACUCAGAUAAAACUGUAAGAAACUUGAGAAUGUGAUAAGAACUUUCCUUUUUAAUAUUCUUAAAAUAUAUCUAUAAAAUGUUUCUGGGUAAUUGUUAAUGACCAAAUAUUUUUGUGUUCAUCUUUAUGAAAAUAAAAUAAAGUUUAAAUUUG